GGAGGAAUGGUCGCUGGUGGUGGUGGUGGUGGCGCCGUCCGUGCGUCAGCCCUGGCCAGGAGUGGAACCGAGGUUCUACGAGGGCCGGGCACCGAGGAGCUACCCAGCAACAACAGCAGCAGCAGCAACAACAACAGCAACAGCAGCAGCGGCAACAGCAGCAGUGGGAAGUUCACUCCACUGCUGGCUGACCUGGGCUGCAGCCAGGAGGAGAUUCCCAGCAAGCGCAGCCGCAGGAGCGGUCCUCACGAGGGCACCGCCUCAGACUAGCACCUCAGACUAGCGCCGCAGACUAGUACCUCAGACUAGCGCCUCAGACUAGCACCUCAGACUAGCGCCUCAGACUAGCGCCUCAGACUAGCGCCUCAGACUGGUGCCUCAGACUAGCACCUCAGACUGGCGCCUCAGACUAGCGCCUCGGACUAGCGCCUCAGACUAGUGCCUCAGACUAGUGCCUCAGACUAGCGCCUCAGACUGGUGCCUCAGACUAGCACCUCAGACUAGCGCCUCAGACUAGCGCCUCAGACUUGCGCCUCAGACUAGCGCCUCAGACUAGCGCCUCAGACUAGCGGGGACCCUGGUAGAGGGACCCCGGUAGA